AUGGGCGCGGGCUGGCGGCGCUGGAGGGAGCGCAUCCAGCAGGGGAGCCCCCUGGGGGGCCGGGACUUCCAGCCCACCUCCAACGCGCGGUGCUCCACCAUGCUGGAGGAGGCGCGGCAGUUUGUGGUGCAACUGGAGAAGUGCGAGCGCGCCGUGCGGCAGAUGGCCGCCGCCAACGCCGAGGCCGUGGGCGCCAUCCGGGGCGUGAUGGCGGCGCCGCUGCCGCUGCGCUUCCAGGAGACGGCGGCGGGCAGCGGCGGGGCCUCCAGCGGGCCCUCCGCCAUCGGCGGCGACGGUUUCAGUGCCCACGCAAUGAGCAGGGCGGUGCAGGAGGCGACCCACAAGACAGAGGCGGAGGUUCUGGCGCCGCUGCAGAGGUGGCACGACGUCUACACCCAGCUGGCAGCACGCUACGGCGAGCUGGAGAGCCAGCGGCUGGAGGUGGACUCACGGCGCAGGACGGUGGCUGAGCUGUCCCACAAGGUGGACAGCCUGCGCGCGCAGCUGAGCAGCCGGGGCAGCGAUGCCAAGCAGGAGGCGGCGCUGGAGCAGAGCAUGCGCCGGCUGCAGCACAAGGAGAGCAAGCUGCAAGGCGAGCUAUACAGCGCUGCCUCCGAUGCUGCCGUCAUCACGCUUGUUUGGAAAAGCGCCGAGAAGCAAGCUGUGGGGUCCUCCCACAUGGCGGCGCAGAGCUUUGCGGACCUGGAGCAGCUGCUGCACCGAGACCUGGCCACGCUCAUCACGGAUGCGCGCUGGCUCAGGCACUAUGCCGCGGCGGCGCUGCGCCUGCAGGGCAAUGCGCUGCUGGGCGCGGCCGAGGCGUUUGGCCCGCUGCCGGCCCAGUCGCCGCCAGCCCGCAAGCUGGCAGAGCCCCCCAGCCCGCCACCUGGCAUUACAGGCGGGCUGGGCGCCAGCGCCGUCGGUGGCACGGCGCCCGCUUUUGCGGCGGGCCAGCUGGGCGAGGGCCCGCCGCCACACACACCGGAUGCGCAGCUGGCGCCGCUGGCACGCUUUCCAGUCUGCCCGCACCCAUUCACAGCCCCCGAUCGCCCUGCAACUACUGCGGCUGCAAAAAUGGGGGCCGGAUGGAGACGACUCAAGGAGAGGGUCCGGGAGUCUAUGCCCGGCGCUCACGACCUCACCAGCAACGCAAGGAACAAGGUGAUGAUGAAGACGGCCACCGACUUCAGCUUGCAGGUGCGCAAGUGCGAGAAGGCGAUCCGCGCCGCCCACGCCGCCAACGCGGAGCUGCUGUCGGCCACCAAGACGACGAUGACGCUGCCGCUGCCGCAAACGUACGAGGACACCAACGGCGGCGCCGGCUCCGCCACCUCCUCCCUCAACCUGGUGGGCGGGCCCACCUUCAAGGCGGACACAGUGAGCCGCGUGACAAACGAGUCGGGGCACAAGCUGGAAACGGAGGUGCUGGCGCCGCUGACGCGGUGGCAAGAGGUGCACCUGCAGCUCGCGGCUCGGUACAAGGACCUGGAGAACACGCGGCUGGAGCUGGACUCGCGCCGCCGCACGGUCACGGAGCUGUCCACCAAGGUGAGCGCGAUGCGCGCGCGGCUGGGCGCGGGCGGCGGCGGCGCCAAGCCCGAGCAGAAACUGGAUGCCACCAUCCGCCUGCUGUCGCACAAGGAGGCCAAGCUCAAAGUCACCACCCAGAAUUUUGACCAGCAGGAGGCGCUGCUGGCUCGCGACCUGGCGGCGCUGAUAGCCGACGGGCAGUACCUGAAGCACUACGUUGCGGCGGCGCUGCGGCUGCAGGGCGGCGCGCUGCUGGGCGCGGCGGACGCGUUUGGCGAGCUGACCAGCGCGCCGGCGCCGCCGGCUGCGGCGCCCUCGCCCGUCGGCACGCCCACCGGCGCCCUGGCGGCCGCGGGCACCGGAGCGGCAGGCUUUGGCAUGUUCACGCAAGGCCCGCCGCCUGCGGUGGGCAUGGCGGGGCCGCCGGCGGGCCCCGCGCCAGAGGCCUCCAACCCCUACCACUCGGCGGGCAGCCUGGGCUCUGGCGGCCCCGUCACCGGCAGCCUGGCGGCAGACCGCCCCGCGGGCUAUAGCAGCGGCGGCGGCAGCGGCGGCGGCUCGCUGGGCAGCACCAAGCGCUUCUCGGAGCCAGAGGCGGGGGACAAGGCGGCGGCGCCGCUGGGCAAGGGCGCAGAGGGCGGCGUGCCGGCGGCGCGCUACCCUGUGACCGAGCAGCCCGCGCCUUCGGACAACCCCUACAGCGUGCGCAACUACAGCUAUGCAUGA